UCCUCCUCCUCAGCGGCAGCGGCAGCAGCAGCAGGAGAACAGACAGAGGAGGUAGUUCAGUUUUUGAAGCCGUGGCAUGAAUGAUCUCAUCUGAACCUGAUCUCCGCUUUCCCUGCCGUCGAUCCUAUGAGCCAGACGGGAAUAAAAUAACACAAACACCAGGAGUCUUGCCUCAGACUGGCCUAAAAUGGGCAGAAAUGGUGCUGAACAAAAGCUGCUUGUCGCUCGUACAAAAGUACUUGAAGCGCUGCAGCCGGGACCAAGCUGCAUUGCUAUUGCCUGUGCCUCUCAACAGGAAAGAUAGACAACAUGUUCCCGAAGGGCACCAAGCGCAAGUUCUCAGACUCCGCGGAGGAGCCGGUCUCCAGUGGCGAGCAGGCCCAGGCGCCAUCAUCUGCGGCGGCGGUGGCAGCGGCGGCGGCGGCUCGGACGCUGUCGUCCUCGUACAGCCUACAGCGGCAGUCGCUGCUUGACAUGUCGCUGAUCAAGCUGCAGCUCUGCCACAUGCUGGUGGAGCCCAACCUGUGCCGCUCGGUGCUCAUCGCCAACACGGUGCGGCAGAUCCAGGAGGAGAUGACCCAGGACGGCACCUGGCAGAUCAUGACGCAGGCCCUGGCUGCUGCCCAGUGUCCCACCGACCGCCUGGUGGCCACCGAGGUGCUGUGCCGGCAGACAGACGCGGCGGCAGCACAGGCCGGCCAGAGCCCGAAGCCCUACUCGGUGGUCGGUCUGGACGAAGGCUACCACGCUGAGGAGGUGGUGAUGGAGGGAGAGGUGGAGACGGAGGUCACCAUGUCCACCUUGUCCCCGGUCUCCCCUCAGAUGUCCUCGGCGUCGUACUUGGCAGGACCCUUUGGGAUGGGGCCCUGCUGGGAAGAGGAAGAAGACGACAUGGAGUGCGAGGACGAAGAGGAGGAGGAGGAGGAGGAGGACAGCGAGGAGUGUGUGUCGGAGGGAGAGGAGGUCGAGCGGGACCACCUGAGUGGAGACUCCAGGACAGGGGAGCAGGUUUUUGGGACCUUUGAGAUCAAGCACCCGGCGCCGCCCCCUGACCCUGCGCUGGAGGAACUGUUUUCAGACGUGGACCCGUCCUACUAUGACCUCGACACGGUGCUGACAGGAAUGCAGAGCUCGCCCAAGAUGGGGCCUUAUGACCUGCUGGAGAGCCUUUCUUCUCAUGGGCCCACGGCUCUGAGCUCCAGCUCCAGCUGCAGGUCGGACCUGAAUGAACUGGACCACAUCAUGGAGAUCAUAGUGGGAUCUUGAAACAGAACAUUUCCUCUGGCCUGUCCUGAUCCCACAGACUCUUUCCAGACUAUGCACAGCACACGUGCAUGUUCUGUUUGUGGUAUUGUUACACACGGACGCUGUUGGCGGUUUUGGGGGCGAAUUGGGAAAGUCACAGCGAGCCGCGUAGAUUUUUUGGGAUGGGCUGUUUGUAAGAGAUUUAGUUAUUCUCCCAACGGCCAUGUUGACGAGUCGGCAGCUUCAUGUUUUAUUGACGAAAUCGAAUAACGUUGGACGUUGAAAAGGGUGAAAUUGGUAAACUUGGGGAUUCACGUGCGCCGCAGUUCGUUUCCCACUUUUUCCCCAAAACUGGACAGUUGUCUGUGAGAAGGCAAAGAUAAUUACCUAUACCAUGAUGCAUUCUUAUUUACGUAUUUUCCAUGUUUUCGUCUGUCAUUCAUUCUGUCAUAACUAGCUCCUCCUGGUCGCACUCUGCCGUUUAUUUUUUAUUUUUAUUUUGUCCAUUUUCUAUUUAUUGUUACAUGGACUGAGGAACAAUUCAUCACACUACAUACACACACACCAGAAAAACCAGAACAAAUUGUAAAUCCAAAUCUAUGAAUCAAUGCAUAUUUUCCUAAAGAUUUGAGCAAUUAUGAAUGGAAUAUAUGUAUAUGUACGUAUGUGUAUAUAGAAAUAUAUUUUUUGCAUUAUACAGCUGGGGGGAUUUUGCAAGUAUCAUUUGAUAUUAUUAUUAUUGUUUUUUUUUGUCCCCUCCCAGGCGAUUUUUAAAAUUUUAAUGUAGCCAGACUUGAGACGGUGUCUUCCCAAUGGUUUGGUAAAAAGAAUAAGUCAACUGUAACCGCUGUCAGGACUCUGGCAUCGUCACACACCUUUAUCGGCGCUGUUCCUUCAUUUUCCUCUAAAGCUUUACGUCGGGCAGGGAAUUUACCGCUAACCACCAAAAAACACACAUGUGCGCUGGUUAAGAUUUGUCUGCCCUUUGCGGAAAGUUUACAUUCACCACGACGGCAAAUUUCACGUAAGUUUCCUGCCCCUUUAACGUCUUUACACAUCUGAGAAUCUUAACAACAAUAAACAGCAGCUUCUCCCUGAAGCGUUUGGAGAAACCCCCGGACUGAAAGCUGCAUCAACAAGCCAUAUUUCUUUCUCCCGUUUGUCUGAACGACAAACGAAGAGUUCUUCUCUGUUAACCCAUCUAAUUUAUUGUUGUUUUUAUUUAUUGUAUUUAUUAUAUCUAGGUACAGACAUGCCAUAUCGACUUCAUUGGCCCCGAUGAAAUUAUAUUUAUCCAAAUUUCGCCCCUUCAUUUUGAAUGCAGUACCUAUUUAUUCCUCACAUUAAAAAAAAUAAAAAUAUUAAAAGUAAUAACAACAACCGGGUUACUAUUCAAAUCACUAUGCAGCUCUGUCAUACGCGUUUCAAAAAAAUGAUUGUAUACGACUCCAAUGUCCUUUAAUUCCUUUAUGCAAACAGUUGCCUUUUCUCCUCAAGAUGUGGAAAAAUCCAAUGCAUUUUUCAAAAUUGUUCCUUAACGUGAUGAAGAGAUUAACUCAGGCAAACAAAAUGUAUUGAAUAAAAUACAGUAUUACGACACGCUUAAUACCUUACCGCAACACUCCUGAAGGAUGUCACUCUGGUCUGAAUGGGAGCUAGAAACUUCAAAGACUAAUUACCGUUGUAAAAUGUAUGCAUUUUUUUAUAUUAA